AGUAGAGCACACCUCCCGUGUUUGACUCUUGCUUGUUUCUAGCUCUAUGGACACCACCUUUCCACUAUUCCUUCCUCCUUGCUCCGGAAGUAGAUCCUUUUCCUCGUUCGCUCGUGUCGCUGUUGCUGCUGCCGGUGGCCUUCCUCGCCGCUGCCAUGAAACCUAUUCUGUUGCAAGGCCACGAGAGAUCCAUUACUCAGAUCAAAUAUAACCGGGAAGGGGACCUGCUGUUCACAGUGGCCAAAGAUCCGAUUGUUAACGUAUGGUACUCAGUCAACGGUGAGAGACUUGGCACGUACAAUGGACACACAGGUGCUGUCUGGUGUGUGGACGCUGACUGGGACACAAGGCAUGUGCUGACAGGCUCUGCAGACAACAGCUGUCGCCUCUGGGACUGUGAGACAGGGAAGCAGCUGGCUCUGGUGAACACCAACUCCGCCGUCCGCACCUGUGGCUUUGACUUCGGCGGGAACAUCGUCAUGUUUUCCACAGAUAAGCAAAUGGGCUACCAGUGUUUUGUGAGCUUCUUUGACCUUCGCGACUCCAGCCAGAUCGAGAACAACGAGCCGUACAUGAAAAUCCCCUGUAGCGAGUCCAAAAUCACCAGCGCUGUGUGGGGUCCCCUUGGGGAGUUCAUCAUUGUGGGACACGAGAACGGGGAGCUGAAUCAGUUUAGUGCAAAGUCAGGGGAGGCCCUCGUGAAUGUCAAGGAACACACCAAGCAGAUCAACGACAUCCAGACGUCCCGAGACAUGACCAUGUUCAUCACCGCCUCCAAGGAUAACACUGCCAAGCUGUUUGACUGCACAACCCUGGACCACCUCAAGACAUUCCGGACAGAGCGGCCAGUGAACUCCGCGGCGCUCUCACCCAUCUUUGAUCAUGUGGUGCUGGGUGGUGGACAGGAAGCCAUGGAUGUGACAACCACUUCCACCCGGAUUGGCAAGUUUGAGGCCAGGUACUUCCACUUGGCCAUUGAGGAAGAGUUUGGGAGAGUCAAGGGCCACUUUGGGCCCAUUAACAGCGUUGCUUUCCACCCUGACGGGAAGAGUUACAGCAGUGGCGGCGAGGAUGGUUACGUCCGCAUCCACUACUUUGACCCCCAGUACUUUGAGUUUGAGUUUGAAGCCUGAACCAGCCCCUUCCCCCUCGACCUCCCAGCCGUUGCUGCUCUGGACACUGCAAGAUCCAGCAGGGCCGGGAACUGCCCUCCUUCCUGAGUGAGGCUCUGUGGGGCGCAGUGAGCUCUGCUUGCUGCUUUGUUCCAGGGCAGCCCCGCGUCUUCUCCCGGGAGCCGGUUGCUUCCUGCGUAUUUAUAAAAGGAAUUCAGAAGGAAGCAAUAAAUGCUCAGUCCUCUUCCAACCACAA